GACACAAGCGUUGCUUUAGAAACCAGGUACGCUGCGUUAGCUUAUAGAGAGCUCGAGAAAACUUCGUCCUGUUUCUGCUUUUAAUUGCUAACGAAGUGGUGAAAAGCAUCCUCACCUGUAGUUAGUUGGCAUAUAUUUUUCAUAUGGCUGCACAAAUUUAAUAUACCGUGUAUACAACUGUUAGCAAACGCGAGCUACCAGUGAACACAAUGGGGUCUUCAGGAGAAGAUGAAGCCCAUGUAAACUUAAACCCAGCCCUGAAAGCUCUCAGAGCCCUCACUGCCGAGACAUCUGAACAGAGCUUUAUUGAGGUUCUAACAAAGGUGAAGGAGCUCCUCAGCAGAAAGUCUGUGGGAGACCAGAGGGAUCUAGAGAAAUGUAAACAAGGCCUUUACUGUGGUGGCGUACUGGCAUACUGCUGUGCUGCACUGAGGUUCAAUCCUGCUAAAAUAGAAGGGGGUUAUGCCUCUAUUACACAGAUGGCAGAUAUUAUCAGCACAUGCUGUGUGGGUAUUGGUUCUAUGAGAGAGACGGAAGUCUUUCUUAACCGGUUUCUUCCGUCAGUAACAGAAAACCUGCUGUUCCUCGCUCACCGCCUAAUGAACAGAGCCUUAGGGGAUAAAGGACAAAUUGAGAUGCUUCGACUGUUUAGGAAAGUCUUUGAUUCUCUCAGCUGGCUCCUGAGAGCUUACAGUCAUUUAAUUCCCUCUGUCCUCCUUUCCAAACAUUAUGAGAGCGUGCAGAUGAAUGAGGAUGAUGAAGCUUCUGCAGUUACACUACUGAUGUGGUACAAUCUGUUCAGGACAAACAGUACAGUUGUAUCUGAGAUGGGGAGAAAAGCACUGAGCAGUGUCAUGGAUGAUGUCAUAUAUAAAAUGUCCAGCAGCACCAACCCUGUGAUUGGCAGCGCUGCCACCAAAAUUUUGCUGCUGAUGAUAGAGCAACACAGCCAGACUUUACAGCUCCUUCACAAACACUACAAAGGUUUGGAUGAUUUGGUGAGGAAAGACUGGCAGGGUAAGGGCUUUGAUGCAGCACUGGAGCAGCUAAUUGAUCGACUGCAGGCUGAAGUUCCUGAAAGAAACUAUCAGGCUAAGCACUCUUCUGAACAGCGAGUUAGAGCUGCCUGUGUGAUCCAGGCAGUCUGGAGAGCCUAUCAGACCAGAUGCAGAAUAAAGAAACUUCCCAGAGCUGUUAGUGUAUUACAGCGGAGCUUCAGAGAGAGGAGAAGACGGCUGCAGGAAGAGACGGAGAAACGCCGUGCAGAAGAGGAGUUGCGGCAUCAAGUACUUCUGCGUCGACAGCGGGCCAUUCGCCAGUUUCGUCAACGACAGCUCCAUCUAAUGGAGAUUCUGCCUGCAGACCAGGUGGCGCGGUAUCUGGGUGAACUGGAGAACAGAGCAGCUCUGCUGAUCCAGAGAAUGUGGAGAGGAUACAGAGAGAGACAGCGCUUUCAGAAGAGCAGAUACCAGCUCCAACAGCACAAAGCUGCAGUCAUCCUGCAGAGAGCUAUUUUGAGGUUUCUUAAGCGACGGAGAUCUCAAAGGAAUAUUCUAGCGCCAUGGAAAGGCCCCGGAGGCCUAACUGACAGCAGGAGAACAGAGCUGAGGAGACAGAUAGAGGAGCACGUAUCCCUUUACCCUUCCUCUGUGGCAUCAGUAGAGGGCACUGUGGAGCUCCAUGAGAAAGCUCAAAGCAUGCUGCAGCAGCACCUGAUGACUAGAGCCUCUGAUCGGGUCCAAGAGCAGCACAGGCAGGCCUUGCUGGCCCAGAUCAACACGGACAUGGAGCUCCUUCUCAACGCUCCCUCUCUGAAAGAAGCUACUGAGGAAGACGCUGGCCUUUUCCUGAGCCGCUCCACACCAGUGGCAGUGCGUGCCCGGCAAUCCCACAAUGCCUUGCUACAGAGCAUGAGACUACCCUGGUGGAGGAUGCUGGAAGAAGAAUCCACCAGCCUAGAGACGCUUUCUCAUAAGGAUUAUGAUAUAGAGUUUGAGUCUUUGUACCUGGGGGGGCAACUGUAAACAUUUCUAGAUGCCUUCAUGACAGUUAGCAUUUUGCAAACUAUCUAAAUCAUCACUCACUUGCCCCAAAGAGCUUUUGAGUGAUCUCUUAACUGUCUUGCUUAUCAUACAGAAGCUACAGAAGUCUAUUGAUAUUACUAAACAAUUCAUGAUACUGGUGGUUUGUAUGAUACUAGUUCAUGAGGUUUAAUUUUCCAUUACUUGUUAGCUAUUUGUUAGCUACAUCAGGUGCUUAGCUUCAGUGAAGCUUUAUGGAGUUGAUUGUGCUUCUGCCUUAUCAGUUGUGAGCUGCAGUGCAGUCUUGAUUGUGUAUGUAUGAUAGUAGUUUUAUUUAAAAAAAAAAAAAAAUAAAUAAAU